AUGCCUGCUGCCUCAUCGUCUACCACUCUUCUCCCCGCCGCCGGCUCGGCCUCGCCUUCCAUCAGCCGCAAGUCCUCAGCCUCCGCUCCCGAAAAGAAAUACAAGUGCCAGUUCUGCAAUCGCGCUUUUAGCAGAAGUGAGCACCGCAGCAGACACGAACGAUCGCGUAAGUUGCCCCACCCCGCCACACCACCACUUAUCAGACACUGA